GCCGCCAACUUGGGAGCCGCGGGCCGGGCCAUGGGGGCGUCCGCGGGCCGGGUCACGUAGCCGCGGGCCGCCUCCGCGCCGGCAUGGGCGGCCGUGGGGCCCCACGCCGCGCGGCGCAGCCGGAGGUGGCCGAGGGCGGCCCGGCCCGGGAGCCGCGGCCGCGGCUGGAGGUGUCCCCGCGCCCGAAGCCGCCCGCCCGGCCCGAAGCGGACCCGUGCGGCAGCCGCCCGGCCCCCGAGGGCGCCGGCGCGGGCGCGGAGCAGAGCCACGCGGCCGGGGCGGGCGCCUGGUGCCGCCACUGCCACACCAAACUCGUGGAGCUCAAGCGCCAGGCGUGGAAGCUGGUCAGCGGGCCCGGGACGCCCCUCCGGGACCCUUGCCUGUCCGCCCUGCUUCUCGACAAGCUGCCGGCGCCCGGGGUGCCGCCCGCCUGCCGUCCCGGGGCCGAGAGCCGCUGUGACGUCUGCGCCGCGCACCUGCACCCGCUCACCAGGGAGGCCCUGCACCUGCUCCAGGCCCCCGCCGGCCCCGAUGCCCCUCGAGGAGGCGGCGGCCCCGGGACCACGGCCGGCCCCAAGGACGCGCCCGGGCCGGGAGGCCCCGCGGGGAGACAGCCGGACCGGAGGAAGGGGCCGGCCUGGCCGCCGGGACCCAGCGUCCAGGUGUCCGUGGCCCCCGCGGGCCUCGGGGGGGCCCUGAGCACCGUCACCAUCCAGGCGCAGCAGUGUCUGGAGGGCGUGUGGGGCCUCACGAGGGUCAACAGCUUCCUGCCGCCCACCUGCCUGGCCGAGGCGGCCGUGGCUGCCGUCGCCGUGGCUGACACCGUCCGCGAUGGAGCCCCCGGGGCAGGUCUGGACGGCGUGCCCACGCCCUGGAGCCGAGGGGCUGCCUGCGCUUCGGCCCUGGGCACCCCGGGCCCCUCAGCUGGGGGGUCCACGGCGUCCACCGCAGCCUCCUUCUUCAUCAGGGCCGCUCAGAAGCUCAGCCUGGCCCCCAAGCGCAAGAAGACCCCGCCGCCCCCCGCGCCCGCCGCCCGCGGCACCUGUGCCUACCCCACCGACUUCAGCGGCGUCCUGCAGCUCUGGCCGCCCCCGGCGCCCCCCUGCCUGCUCAGGGCGGCCAAGGCCAAGGACAACCCCGGUGGCUUCGGAAAGGUGAAGGUCAUGCUGCGGAUCUGGCCGGCACAGGGCGCGCAGCGCGCGGCGGAGUCCACGUCCUUCCUGAAGGUGGACUCCCGGAGGAAGCAGGUGGCCCUGUACGACCCGGCCGCCGGGCCCCUGGGCGGGGCGGGCCUCCGGCGCCCCGCCACCACGGCCGUCCCCAAGAUGUUUGCCUUCGACGCCGUCUUCCCCCAGGACUCGGAGCAGGCGGAGGUCUGCUCGGGCACCGUGGCCGACGUGCUCCAGUCCGUGGUCAGCGGGGUGGACGGCUGCAUCUUCUCGUUCGGCCAUAGGAGCCUGGGCAAGUCCUACACCAUGAUCGGGAAGGACAGCUCGCCCCAGAGCCUGGGCGUGGUGCCCUGCGCCAUCUCCUGGCUCUUCCGGCUCAUCGCGGAGCGCAGGGACCGGACGGGCGCGCGCUUCUCCGUCCGCGUCUCUGCGGUGGAGGUGUGCGGCCGCGACCAGAGCCUGCGGGACCUGCUGGCCGGGGUGGCCGCCGACGGCCUCCAGGACGCCCAGUCCCCGGGCGUCUACCUGCAGGAGGACCCCGCGUGGGGGGCGCAGCUCCAGAGCCAGAGCGAGCUGCGGGCGCCCACGGCGGAGAAGGCCGCCUUCUACCUGGACGCGGCCCUGGCCGCCCGCAGCCCGGGCCCCGUCGGCGGGGAGGACGCGCGCCGGAGCUCGCACCUGCUCUUCACGCUGCACGUGUACCAGUACCGCGUGGACAAGGGCGGCCAGGGCGGAAUGUCUGGAGGCCGGAGCCGGCUGCACCUCAUCGACCUGGGCGGCUGUGAGGCGGCCCCCAGCCGGGGCCCCGAGGCCACGGGCGGGUCCCUGUGCCUGUCCCUGUCAGCCCUGGGCAGCGUCAUCCUCGCCCUGGUCAACGGGGCCAAGCACGUGCCCUACCGGGACCACAGGCUCACCAUGCUGCUGCGGGAGCCCCUGGCUGCCGCCGGCUGCCGCACCACCAUGAUCGCCCACGUCUCCGACGCGCCCGCGCACCACGCCGAGACGCUCAGCACCGUGCAGCUGGCCGCCCGCAUCCAGCGCCUGCGCAGGAAGAAGGCCAAGUACGCCUCCAGCUCCUCCGGGGGGGAGAGCUCCUGCGAGGAGAGCCGGGGCCGCCGCCCCCCCCACCUCCGACCCUUCCAUCCCCGCGCGGCGACCCCGGACCGCCGCCGCGUGCCGCCCGGCCUGCCCGGCGACCCCGACUACUCGUCCAGCAGCGAGCAGUCCUGCGACACGGUCAUCUACGUGGGGCCCGGCGGGGCGGCGCUGUCCGACCGCGAGCUCACCGACAGCGAGGGCCCCCCGGACUUCGUGCCCAUCAUCCCCGCGCUGAGCCGCCGCCGCCCGUCCCAGGGCCCCGGGGAGGCCGACCACUUCCGCUGCAGCACCUUCGCGGAGCUCCAGGAGCGGCUGGAGUGCAUCGACGGCAGCGAGGGGCUCCCGGAGGACCCCGGGGGCGCCGAGGGAGCUCCGCCCAGCCCGGCGCGGGGGGCCGCCUCCCCCAGGAGGCCCGGGGGCCCCCCGACGGCCUCCAGCGCCCCCCGGGGCGGCCAGGGAGCAGACGCCAGCGGGAGCGCCCCCGAACCCUCCAAGCCCGGCACCCAGGGCGACCCGGCCGCCGACCCGGGCGCCCGCCCCGAGCCCCCCGCCCCGGACAAGCCCGCGGGCGGGGGCGGCAGGAGACCGCUGCCCGGCCCGGCCCCCCCGCUGGAGCCCGGGGGAGGGGGCGUGGGCAGCCCGGCGCGCAGGGGCCCCGUGGGCGGGAGCGCACAGCCUCUCCCCGCCCCGGGCCGGGCCUGCCCCUGCCCGGCCGCGCCUGCCCGCCGUGGGGAGCCGGGCCUGCUGACGGCCACCGUGACGGUGCAGCAGCCCGUGGAGCUGAACGGCGAGGACGAGCUGGUGUUCACGGUGGUGGAGGAGCUGCCGCUGGGGCCGCGCGCCGCCCGGCCCGCCAGCCUGGCCAGCCUGGGCAGCGACUGCUCCCUGCAGGCCCAGGCCUCGGGCUCGCGGCCCGUCAGCAUCAUCAGCAGCCUCAACGACGCCUUCGACGCCUACACCGCGCGGGGCCCCGAGGGCGCGGGGGCUCCCGGGCGGUCCCCGGACGGUGCCGCCUCCCUCGGCUCCUGGCUCAGCGAGGUGGAGGUCUGCGCGGCCCUCGGCCACGGCCCCGCGCCGCGGCCCCCCUUGCGCCCAGACGCCACGGCGGUGGUGGCCGGCCCUUCCCCGCCCCCCGCCUCGGGCCGCAGCCUCGGGGCCUCGGACCCCGGCCCUCCCCCCCGGGGGGCAGCGACGGCGGCCCCGGCUCCGCCCGGCAGGGAGCCCUGGGCCCGGGUCCUGCAGGCCCCGGCCCUCGCCCCCACCAUCCACUCCAGCCUCCCCCGGAAGCCAAGGACUACCUCAGCCGCCAGCCGCCCGGGCUGCGCGCCCCCCAGCCCCAGAGGCCCCUUCGAGGACCCCUGGCUGCUCCGGGCCGAUGACUGUGACGCCGCCCCCGUGGCCUGCGGCCCGGUGCCCGGCUCCCCCCGGCUGCCCGGAGCCCCGCGCGUGGUGGACGGCUGUGAGCUGGCCGGCAGGGCCGCCCGCAGGCCCGAGGCCGUGGCCCGCAUCCCGCCCCUGCGGAGGGGCGCCACCACGCUGGGGGUGACCACGGUCCCCGGGUCCUGCGGAGACGCCCCGGCCGAGGGAGCGGGCGGCCCCAGGGCCUCGCCCGGCCUCAGGAAGGGCUCGGCCCCCAAGGGGGGCUUCCUCCCCAGGCCUCCGGGGGCCGGGCCGCCCGCCCCGCCCGUGCGCAAGUCCAGCCUGGAGCAGAGCGGCCUGGGGGCGCCCCGGGCCGGGCCCGCCGCCCCCGCGCCCCACGGGGAGGAGGAAGCCCGGCCCGGCGGCCGGGGGGACCCCCCUGCCCCCCGGGGGACGUCCAGCCUGCGGGCCCGGGCUGGCAAGGGGGAGCCGGCGCCCCGCCCCGCCGGUGCGUCCCUGGAGCGGGGCGAGGGCCAGGCCCACGGCAGCAAGGGCAGGGACGGCCCCGCGCGGGGCCCCCGGGCCGUGCCCCGGCUGGGCGUGCCCGCCGGCCCCGUGCCCGAGCCCCCGGCCGCCGGCAGGGGCGGCGCGGCGAAGGCCGGGGCCCCCCCCAAGCCGCCGGCCGCCGGGGCCAAGGGCCGGAGCCUGGUGGCCGGCGGGUCCCGGGCCCCGGGGGCCCCCGUGUCGGGCAGGGCGGCCGCCGGCGCGGCGGUCGCGGCGAGCCCCCGGACGGCGCCCCGGGCCGCCCCCGCCGUGGGCUGCAAGACCGGCCGGGGCACCGUCAUGGGCGCCAAGCAGGCGCUGCGGGCCGCGCACAGCCGCGUGCACGAGCUGGCGGCGGGCGGCGGCCCGGGGCGAGGCGGCCCCGCGUGGGGCUCGGCCGACUCGGACAGCGGGCUGGACAGCGGCGCGGCGGCGGCGGAGGAGCGGCCCCCCGCGGGCCCCGCGCUGCCCUCGCCCUACAGCAAGGUGACGGCGCCCCGGCGGCCCCAGCGCUACAGCAGCGGGCACGGCAGCGACAACAGCAGCGUGCUGAGCGGGGAGCUGCCGCCCGCCAUGGGCCGCACCGUGCUCUUCUACCACAGCGGCGGCAGCAGCGGCUACGAGAGCGUCCUGCGCGACAGCGAGGAGGCCACCGGCAGCGCCUCCUCCGCGCCCGACUCCACCAGCGAGAGCGGCGCCGCCUCGCCCGGCGCCCGCGCCCGCAGCCUCAAGUCCCCCAAGAAGAGGGCCACAGGUCUGCAGCGGCGGCGGCUGAUCCCGGCCCCGCUGCCCGACGCCGCGGCCCUGGCCCGCAAGCCCAGCCUCCCGGGGCAGUGGGUGGACCUGCCCCCGCCGCUGGCCGGCGCCCUCAAGGAGCCCUUCGAGAUCAAGGUGUACGAGAUCGACGACGUGGAGCGCCUGCAGCGGCACCGCCCGCCCCCCCGGGAGCCCGCGGCGCAGGCCUCCCAGGAUGUGGAGAAGGGCCCGGUGUGCGUCCCCAGGCUGCGCGGGGCCGAGCGCCGGCAGCAGAGGCUGCGGGAGGUGCAGGCCCGGCGCCCGCAUCUCUGCGAGGAGCUGGCCGAGACGCAGGGCCGCCUCAUGCUGGAGCCCGGCCGCUGGCUGGAGCAGUUCGAGGUGGACCCGGAGCUGGAGCCCGAGUCCCCCGAGUACCUGGCGGCGCUGGAGCGGGCCACGGCCGCCCUGGAGCAGUGCGUGAACCUGUGCAAGGCGCACGUCAUGAUGGUCACCUGCUUCGACAUCGGCGCCACGGCCGCCGCCGCCCGCCCGGGGCCGCAGGAGGUGGACGUCUGAGC